CCGGACUUCUCGGGUUGAGGACACUUCCGCCUCCUCGCCGGACUGAUGUCGGGAGCUGCGGUGCUUCAUUCCUGUGUCAAUAUUGACCUUCUUUUCAGAACAUAUUCUGCCUGAGAAACAGGAGUGGAUCUGCAGAAUGAAGCAAGAGGAGCCACAGCCCCUCCAAAUUAAAGUGGAAGACAAGGCGCCACACUUUGAAAAUGAAAAGGAGGACCCACUGAUCCCCCAUUUUAAAGAAGAAGAGGAGGAACACAGCAUCAGUCAGGAGGGAGAGCAUCUUGAAGGACUGGAGGAGGUUGAUGUCACCAAGAUGCCAGUGACUGGUGUCCCUGUGAAGAGUGAAGGUGAUGAGGUCAAAGGUGAAAGUGAGGAGAAGAGAGAGGCGGAGCCUCCAAGCAGCAGCUCAACUCAACACAUGACAACAGAAGCUGAUGGAGACCACUGUGGAGGAUCACAAGCAGACAAGCUCUUAGCUCCACUAUCAGAUAGUGAGGACACAACGUCACACUCUCCUGACACUGAUGAUGAAGACUCUAAAGAUGAUAAGACAUGUCACACUGACAACACACGCCUGACGUGUUCUCACUGCGACAAAACCUUUAGUUACCAUUGUCGUCUGAAAACACACAUGAGGACACACACUGGAGAAAAGCCGUUUCCCUGCUCAGUGUGUGGUAAAGGCUUUGCACGAAAAGACGUGUUGAAGGAACACAUGAGAACGCACACUGGCGAAAAACCGUUUACCUGCUCAGAAUGUGGUAAAAGUUUUGUAACAAGUACGAAUUUGAAAGUACACAUGAGAAUGCACACCAGAGAAACACCUUUUUCUUGUUCAAUGUGUGGCAAAGGUUUUGUAACAAGUACAAAUUUAAAAGUCCACAUGAGAAUGCACACCAGAGAAAACACUUUUGGCUGUUCAAUCUGUGGUAAAAGUUUUCUGCAAAAUCACGAUUUGAAAAGACACAUGAGAAUGCACACUGGUGAAAAACCUUUUACCUGUUCAAUCUGCGGCAAAGAUUUUGUACAAAGUCAAUAUUUGAAAGUACAUAUGAGGAUACACACCGGUGCAAAACCUUUUUCUUGUUCAAUCUGCGCUAAGGAUUUUGUACAAAGUCAAUAUUUGAAAGUACACAUGAGAAUACACACUGGCGCAAAACCUUUCACUUGUUCAAUCUGUGGGAAAGGUUUUACACAAAGUCAAUGUUUGAAAAAACACAUAAGAGUACACACCGGAGAGAAAGUGUUGAGUUGCAGUGUGUGUGGUGAAAGAUUUUCUUAUAAGUACCAGUGUAAGAAACACAAGUGUGCUGGUGAGAACAGCACCAGGAUUUGAAAUAAACUCACAUUUUUGUUAACUUUGACUUUGUAACAUCAGCACAUAUAACAUGUGUGACAUCAUUGUGUGUGUGUGUGUAACACAAUCUUCUUAAUAUGAUUCUACCACGUAUAGAAUCGAUAUUUUAGAUGUGUGCUGUUUUCAGUCAAGUACAUGCAUUCAUAUACAACAUUGUGCAUUUUUAAUA